GCCUUCUUGAUUUCUUCCGUCCUCUGCUCUUCUGCUAUCCUAUACUCGAGAAAUCAUCAUGUCUUCCACCACUGCUACCACAACCACCACCACCACCCAUAACAACAUGACCGACGAGGAGCUUGACCGCGACUGGAAGCCCAAUGGCCGUCGCCCGCAAUCCACCAUUGCGCGCAACUUCUCCCAAGAGCUGAUGGACAUUUUCCGCAUCGACAAGGACAUCACCGACCUCGACGACCAGGUCGACAAGCGGUCAGUCUCCGCCAACGCCAACGCCAAAGCCAGCGCCACGAUUGACAUCGAUCUCGAUACCCGAAAGCAAGAAGUCGACAAAAAGACGUCUGAACUCGAAGCCCUCGAGGCGCGUAUCCGUGAGAUGGAGGAGAAACUCAAGAGUCAGUACCCAGCAGCUGCUGUCGGCAGCUCAGCACAGCCAUCACAGAUCCACACCCAGACCCAACACGUCAAGAGCAGGCCAGGGACCAUGAGACAGAGCCAGCAGGCGCCAGGUUCCGGGGCGAUGCCGCCUACCCCGAUAGGAAGUGAAGGUGAAUUGGAUUCCCCGAUCGAGCCCGCUAGCCCCCGAACACCAAGAGCACCCCGACCGUCUGAACAGCCAUUCUUCCACGUCGCUACAUGUGCUUCCUCCGGAGAUGACGCAGCAUCCAUGAUAUCCAUCCAAACCGUAUCCGAGACCUCCAGUUAUACUGACUUUGUCCUUGUGGCCCCUAAUCCAGACGGUGAUCGCGAGCGAGGCCACUGAGUACCUCCACACUACUUUGAAUUCGAGAGAUACCCCCAAUGUCUCCUCAACCUUGUCGGCAGCACGGAGGGUGGAGGAGGGAUCGGAAUUGCGCAUUACAACAAAUGACGACAUCUACUGAGAUUUGCCGGGGAGUGACAACAACCGGGAGGGUCACACGACAGCCCAUCAAGCCGUUGGCGAAUCCCGGAGAACCGGAUCCAUGAUAGACGGCGAAAUACGAAUACCACGACACGCUAUAUCAGCACUACUACAAUUUUAAUACUUUCUUCGCCGCCGACCGGGCCAAUGCCAGUCGAAUGCCUUUCUUCCAACGAAAUGGAGACGUCCACUCUUUCUCGACUACUAUGACUGCGCUUCGCAAUAUUCCAGGUCUUGAGGAAACCCUACUCCAGGAAUGCUGUCAAGGAAGCGACAAAAGAAGGACUCUACCAUGACCAUGGCCCGGUUCACGGAGUUUUGGCUUUCGACCCUCAGAUACCAGGACGUCAUAACAUUAAUAAUCAUCCACUCGCUUGCACUUUUGCCUCUACACAAGGCCAACAACGAUCGUUCUCGCCGGUUUGGUGUCCUGGGGCAGGACGGUUGGAUGAAGGGUUCAGGGUUGGCCAAAUCGCCUGGAGAAGGGGCAUUUGCAUGGGACGUAAGGGAUUGGAGAAGGGAGAGCAGCACAAAGGAUGACUGCAACGGCUCUUGGAGGGUUCACAUGUCCUGUAACUACAGACACGACAUUUGUCUAGGAUUUCACGGUAGUUCAGUUGCAUCUGUAGGUUGGAUAUAUUGUACCAUGUCCGGAACAGAGAUUGUAACUUGAAGGGAACCAUUCCCGCUCCCUUAGAUGUGUGCUAUUCGCAAGGGGUUCGGUAAGGGAUGACAAUGGCAAAAUUGCCCCUGACUCCUCUGUUUUGUGCUUCUAGACGCACGUUAAGAGAGGAGGUCAUUCACUGACAGAAAUUCGUAGGUAUACCUAUCACGGUG